UCCAAUCAACGGAGCUUUAUCAUUUUCAAAAUCAAAUCAGCAAAUCUCUCACAAAUCGACGGCGAGACUAUGAGCGCCACCAAUUCAGAUUCGGUAUCAACAACCGUAAUGGAGACGGUGAACGGAUCGCACCAAUUCACGAUCAAAGGCUACUCUCUCGCCAAAGGCAUGAGCCCGGGGAGGUACAUACAGAGCGACGUCUUCUCCGUGAACGGAUACGACUGGGUGAUCUACUUCUACCCCGACGGGAAGAACCCGGAGGAGAACUCAACGUACGUCUCUCUAUUCAUCGCCUUGGCGAGCGAUUCUAGCGACAUUAGGGCUUUGUUCGAGCUGACGCUGAUGGAUCAGAGCGGUAGAGGGAGGCAUAAGGUUCAUAGUCAUUUUGAUCGGGCGCUUGAAGGAGGUCCUUAUACGCUUAAGUAUAAAGGGAGCAUGUGGGGUUACAAACGCUUUUUAAGAAGAACAGCUUUAGAAGCAUCUGACUACCUGAAGGAUGACUGUCUUAUCAUCAACUGUACCGUUGGCGUCGUUAGAGCUCGCCUUGAGGGUCCUAAACAGUUUGGCAUUGUGCCACCACCUUCAAACAUGGGUCAGGGAUUGAAAGACUUGUUAGACUCUGAACUUGGCUGCGACAUUGCCUUUCGAGUCGGAGAGGAGACUUACAAAGCUCACAAACUGAUCCUCGCAGCACGCUCGCCGGUUUUUCGAGCUCAGUUCUAUGGACCGGUUGGGAAUAACAGUGUGGAUAGAGUAGUCAUAGAGGACAUCGAGCCUUCAAUAUUUAAGGCUAUGCUUAGCUUCAUCUACACGGAUGUACUUCCUGAUGUGCAUGAGAUUACAGGGUCAACUUCUACCGCUUCAUUCACAAAUAUGAUACAACAUCUCUUGGCAGCUGCUGACCUCUAUGACCUUGGAAGGUUAAAGAUACUGUGUGAAGCUUUUCUAUGUGAAGAACUAAACGUUGAUAAUGUGGCAACAACACUUGCACUAGCUGACCAACACCAGUUCUUGCAGCUCAAAGCCUUCUGCUUAAAAUUUGUUGCAUCUCCAGCAAAUUUGCGAGGAGACUCGAUGUUUGAUUAGACGGCCUGAAGUUUAUCAUCCUAAAUUAGCCGUAAUGAAGUCAGAAGGUUUCAAGCACUUGAACCAGAGCUGUCCCUCUGUGUUGCCUGAGUUGCUAAACACAGUUGCAGCUGCGGAUAAGAGCUCGACGUCGAGUGGACAAUCAAGCAAGAAAAGAAGUGUGAGCAGUGUGUUGGGCUGUGAUACAAGCACAACAAAUGCGAGACAGGUGAGGAGGACGUAGGAUCGACCCAAGUGCAAGUAAUGCUUUACUCUGAUGCUACUUUGCUAGACUUUUUACUUAUUGUAAUGAAAUAAUUGUUUGUAGUAUGUCUACAGUUAGUGUAAAGCUUUAGGCAAUGGAACAUCUGUUUGGCUUUGCGUGUUUGUAAAAGCUUUGGAUAAUACUAGGUAAAAAGCUUUGGAGUUAAUAGUCUUUUUUGUUGUAUCUCAUCGUUAAAGUCGCCAUUGAGUCUUUGUUUCGUCUGAAAAUCUGCCGUGAGAUGCAAGUUUGACGGUUUUCUCUUUU